CACGUUACAUACUCUACGUGAUCUGGUAACGGUCGAGAAUUGGGAGAGUCAAUGGAAAAGCACACCAUCAAAAAUGAGUCGCUCCUUUGAGGCAUGCAGCACCAUCAAAGAAGUUUAUUUCAGUCAAAAGCUCAGCCACCUUAAGUCCCGCAUUAACAGAAUUAUCCUGGUCCCACAUUGGGAGAUGGUUUCCCCCCCUUGCCCUGCUUACCUCCAACUUAUCUCUUACGCCACUGAGACGCUGGACGUACACGCAGGCGGGUGAGUUCUCCUCUCUGCUUCUUGGGUUUUAGACGUUUUCAGGUGGAAUUUGGUAUCUGGACUGUACUUGAAUCCCCGACAGGGAUCUCUGCGGUGGAUCUUGACGUGAAAGCCUGCGAUCAGGAAGAGGCUCAAACGCCGCCUCUGUUCUAAGACGCUUGCCAAAUCCAACCAUGGGCAAUAGCACGAGUAGCGCCUUGUCCAAGGAAAUCCUGGAGGACCUGAAGCUGAGCACCAAGUUUACCGAGCACGAGAUCGGCCUGUGGUACGAGAAUUUCCAGAAACAGUGCCCGACGGGGCGCAUCACGCCCGAGGAGUUCGAGCAGAUCUACGCCCGCUUCUUCCCGGAUAGCGACACCAAGAGCUACGCCCGCCACGUGUUCCGCUCCUUCGACACCAAUGACGACGGCACGCUGGACUUCAAGGAGUACAUCAUCGCCCUGCAUAUGACCUCCAGCGGGAAGGUCACCAGGAAGCUGGAGUGGGCCUUCUCGCUCUUCGACGUGGACAAGAACGGAUACAUCAACAAGACAGAAGUGACGGAAAUCUGCCAGGCCAUCUUCAAGCUGAUCCCCAAGGAGGAACAAAGCAAGCUACCAGAAGACGAGAACACACCCGAGAAGCGAGCCAACAAGCUCUGGUCCUACUUUGAAAAGAAGGACAACGAGCGACUGGCCGAAGGGGAGUUCAUCAAGGGAGUGAUUGAGAAUGAAAAUGCAAUGCGGCUCAUCCACUACGGGCCGCUGAAACAGUGAAAAGGCCGCGUUUGCGAUGCCGGCAAGUCUGCUUCCGUUUCCUCCCUGGCUUUUUUUUUUUUUAACAUCCCUCCCAAGUGUAAAUAUUUUGGGGUUACUUCUUGUUCUCAUGUUUGUCUUAUACUGUAUCAUCUUAAACCAAAAUGAUUCAUGAUUUGUUUGGAAAUGACGCGAGGAAAGUGUUAAAAAGAGUUCAGAUUUGUGUUAGAGAUGUUCAUAGAAAGCAUAUACACUUUUUUUUUAAAAUGAGUAUUAAGUGGCCAGAAUGUGAAUAAUUUUUGGGCUUCAUUUAACUGAACUC